AUGGUGAACAACAGUUCCUUAUUAAUUCCUUUUGCUAGCGUUCCUUUGCAAUGGGGAAUCGUGGAAAUCUUCAACAUGUUGACCGCAAUCACCGGCGGUUUCUUGAACACCGCGGUGCUCAUCACGUUCGUCACCCAUCGCGCGUUUUUCACGCCAUUCACCAUUUACUUAAUCAACCUGCUGAUUGCUAAUUUUAUCGAAACCGCUUGCGCCAAAUUAUUUAACGUUCUAUUCUCCGUUUGCCCACAAUGCCGCACCCAUUCCGCUUGCGACUUUUAUCUCUUCACCAGCUACCUCGCCAUGGCCGGGAUGAUCAACAGCCACCUGAUAAUCUCUUUCAAUCGUUUGUGGGCUGUCGUCUUCCCGCAUCACUACAAAAUGCAUCACUCAAAGGUCGUAGCGGGUGGGAUUUGUGUCGUCAUGUGGAUGUACAUCUUUGCCACGGUGAUGCCGCAGUCAAUUCUCGAUUCCGUCUCUUUCCGUAUUCCGUUUGCUAAAUACGGCCGUUGUAUGCUGAAUUCCGAUGCGCAACCAGUUUUGUGCUUAGCAACAUUACUGACUGUCUAUAUCAUUCCGGAAGUGAUAAUUUUACUGACGUUUCCAGUAAUCUGGCAUAAACGCCAGCGUCAUCGAAAGGUACUGCAGAUGAAGCUUUCCAAGCAGUCAACAAACAUUGCGAGUGACAUCACCGGCGGAAGGACAACGGGGAAUAUUCGCGCGGAAUCGUCCAGGGCACAGAAGAAAAGCAUGCAGGUACUGGUUGUUCUGAUGGUCAGCAUGGUGGUCUGCUGGGCGACGGUGAUGGGCACCACGCUGGUGGCUUGUUUCAUGGACUUCAAGAACCGGAACUACUUUAACGUGGCUACAUGCCUGUUUGCUGUGGAAGCGGUGACCGAUCCUAUUCUAUUUGGAUUAGUGUUUAAUCAGCAUGCUCUCAAAAACUGGUAUCUUCGCUGGAAAGCUAGAAAGUAA